CAGCCGGUAGAGGACGAAGGUGCCGCGACUGCCGAGCUGCCCGCGCACAACCGCGAGGUUCUGACAGCAGCACGAGCAAUGCGAGUCAAGAGUUGCGGGGAAACAGACUAAAUAGCAACACCUCGAGUCGUGUAUCGUCUUGUUUCAACAGUGGUUUGAACAGAAACACAGCGAGCAUGUCGGUGCUAGCUCUGCAAGAGUACGAAUUCGAGAGACAGUUCAACGAGGACGAAGCCAUCCGAUGGAUGCAGGAGAACUGGAAGAAGUCCUUUCUCUUUUCUGCACUCUACGCUGCCUUUAUCCUCGGCGGCCGCCAUGUCAUGAAACAGAGGGAGAAGUUUGAGCUGAGGAAACCGCUGGUGCUAUGGUCACUCACGCUUGCUGUGUUCAGUAUAUUUGGUGCCAUCCGUACUGGGAGUUACAUGACGUACAUCCUGAUGACGAAAGGGCUUAAACAGUCAGUAUGUGACCAGAGCUUUUACAAUGGGCCUGUCAGCAAGUUCUGGGCAUACGCCUUUGUACUUAGUAAAGCACCAGAACUGGGUGACACUCUCUUCAUCGUCCUGAGGAAACAGAAGCUCAUCUUCCUCCACUGGUACCACCACAUCACCGUGCUGCUGUACUCCUGGUACUCCUACAAAGACAUGGUGGCCGGUGGCGGAUGGUUCAUGACCAUGAACUACUUGGUCCACGCCGUCAUGUACUCUUACUAUGCCUUGCGGGCGGCCGGCUUCAAGGUGUCACGCAAAUUCGCCAUGUUCAUCACACUGACCCAGAUCACCCAGAUGCUGAUGGGCUGUGUGGUCAACUACCUGGUGUACUCGUGGAUGCAGCAGGGCCAAGAGUGUCCAUCACACAUGCAGAACAUUGUGUGGUCAUCCCUCAUGUACCUCAGCUACUUUGUGCUCUUUGUCCAGUUCUUCGUCGAGGCCUACAUUGGCAAGUCCAAAUCAACUGCCUCGGCUGUCACAAAAAAGAAGGAGUAAACGAAUGCCAAAAGUAUGGGAAGAAGGGAGAUGAUGAAGAAAAAAUGUUCGGAGAGCAGGGACCAGUGACUUGAGAGAAUCUGUUAGGGUUUUGUAAGGGUUUUGGGAAUCAAAGAUGGAUGAUAGAGAGGUUGCAUUGAGGCUGGCGGA